UCUACUUUAGAUCACAACAAAAAGUGGGACGCUUGCUUUUAAAUUUGUUUACUAAUAAAGUGAUUUUAACUGAAAUAGUUAAAAGAAAAUGGCUAGAAUGCCAGAAAUUCAAAGGACCCCUUUGGGUGAAAAGGGCAAUUAUCUAGAAGUUCCAGGCGAUAGAAGAGAAUUCAUAACUCCAACUAAAAUCCAGGACAUUCUAGAUCCUUUUAAGACACCAGAAAUACGUCUCGAGCGUCCUAAAGAGCUGCUGGAACGAUUGAAGUUAUCCGGCUCGGCCUCCCGGGUGUGCAAAAACGUACCGUGCUCCAUCACAAUCUGCACUGAACCACGUCCUCUGCGCUCGAGGGAACUCCUCGAGCAAAUGGGUCUGCCGGUUACCACCCACCGCCGUUCCGUUUCAGCCUCGAAAACAGGCCGUGAAACCCCCCGGAAAACUCCAAACAAAGCAAGUUGCAUUACAACGAGUACUCUGUUGGUGCCAUCAAUUGGAUUCUCCUAUCCAAAGGCAACGCCACCAGCCUCCUCGAAGCGACGGUUGGCAUUCCAGAACGAGUUGGAUAAGGAUUCGUUACGGCGAAAGCUUGAGAGGAUUACAGCGCGUCUGAAAGAACUGAAAGUAAAGGGCUGGCAGGCAAAUGCUGAAAACCGGUUGCGUCGGCUCACUAUUUCGGAUCUUCUGAGCCUGCUGCGUUUCCUACUGCCCACGACAGGGGUUAAGCUGCCAAAGCACCUGAACACGGAUUCCUAUGUGGUGCCUCUGAUGGAAGCACUACAACUCCUGGGAUAUCCCAAAAAGGUCAAUCCAUCUUGGCUCCGCAUGCCGGAUGGUCAUGUGCUGGAAAUUCUUGAUUUUCUGUUGGAUUUCGUCGAUAAUAGAGAGGAAGGCAGCCGCUGUGUGUUUCCCAUUGUCGAAGAGAAGCAAGCCUUCGACCAGGUAGCCAUGGCUUUCGGAUUAAACUCGGAGCAAUUGGAGCAAAGACGGCAAGAAUUGCUAGCCAAAGGGUUGGCCACGCCAACUGAUUUGUUGGAUCUGCAACAGAGAGUAGAAAAUCUCAAACUAGAAAUACAGAACUUUAAUUUGGAUGCAGAAUUAAAUGCACUGAAAACUGAAGAGCAAAGCCUGGAGACGGAUCUAAUCAACUGUCGUCAGGAAAUCGUUCUGGUUAACUCCAAAAUGGUAGACCAUGAGAAAAAGAUUGCCGAGAUUGCAUCUAAGAACCACAUAUUGCAGCAGAAACUAACAAAGUUGCAGAAUCAAGUAGAACAUCAAAUCUAUACUCCUCAGGCCUACACAAGACUACUGGAUUUGCGCGAAGAGCGCUCCCAAGAACUGCAAAUCAAUCUUUUAAGAAUUCAGGAAUUUUCCGAGCGCCUUAAGUUGGCUCAUUUAAAACUCAAACGCUGCAGAAAGGAACUGGUGGAAACUAUCGAAGCCUUUAACGUUCAGAUACGUGAUUUCGAGUUUUCAUUGAUUUUCAAAAACCACCAGGAUAUAUCCCUGCAAUUACCUUUAAAUCCCACACUACAGGAUAUCCGAGAGAGAGUUAAACUACUGCAGCAACGAAAAAGCCUACUGGAAUCGUCGGCAGUUAAAUGAAUCCACAAACCCCUGGGAAAGCCACGCAUCUCAUUGAAUCUCAUAGAGUUAAUUUAAGCAAAUAUUUGCCUGUAACGUAAGUUGUACACUGAGCCCACCAAUUAAGCCGCCGGCUCUGUCAUUUCUCUUGAGUUUUGCAAAUUUAUUCAAUUAAAUUUAUCAAGUGGAAGUCUCUACAAGGACCUGGCUUAAAGUUUAUGUAAUUGACAUUUGAAUGAAUCAUUUAUUACACUAAGCUAGGGGAUGUCACCUGAAUUGAGUACAAGACCAUAUAACCCACAUGUGU